CAUCAACCCACCAUUUAACAUCCAUGCUUGCUCAUAAAUCCAAAACUAAAAGCCAUGCUAUAGCUAGUAGCCUCCUUUUUGUAUUCAUCACUUGCCAUCUUCCCACAUUUACUCAUUCCUCGUAUAAAUUAAUAUAUGUUGUCGACCAAUAAUCUCAAAAACCUUUGUUAGUUCCCAUAUCCAAAUCUAACAACAUUAUUCUUAUGAAUUUUUAAUUCUGUCUUUCUAGAGAAGAGAGAGAAUCAAAUAGGAUCUUUGGUUGCAAUUCUUGUUUUUAUUUUGGAGGUUGAAGAAUGCGAAAUUUUCGUUUGCUAUCAUCUUUGUCUUUGCUUGAAUGCUUUGUUACUCUUCUGUCAUUUGUUUCUUGCUUAUCCCAUGAAGAUGUUAGAGGCCACAAGAGCAUAAGAUCAGAAAACACUCGCAAGCUAAGUCAUAAGAUGAAAUCUGAUGUUGCUCUUCAUGGGGUUCUCUUAUGGGUUUCCUUGGGGUUCUUAGCACCUCUUGGGAUACUUAUUAUUAGAAUAUCACACAGAGAAGAAGGUGGAAGCAGAAGGAAAGUUCUCUUGUAUCUCCAUGUGAUUUUGCAGGUACUCUUAGUGCUUCUUGCCACAUCUGGAGCUAUCAUGUCCAUAAAAUCCUUUGAGAAUUCAUUUGAUAACAACCACCAGAGGAUAGGUUUAGCCCUUUACGGUGCCGUUUGGGUGCAAGCUGUUAUUGGAUUUCUGAGACCUCUUAGAGGGAGUAAAAGAAGAAGCACAUGGUACUUUCUGCAUUGGAUACUUGGAACAUUAAUCUCUCUAGUUGGGAUCAUCAACAUCUACACAGGCCUAGAAGCUUACCGCAAGAAAAUAUCAGCAAAGACAAGGAUUUGGACUAUACUUUUCACAUCCCAGGUCUCUUUCAUGGCUUUCUUCUACCUUUUUCAAGACAAAUGGGAGUAUAUGCAAAAGCAAGGAGUGAUUUUAGGCAAUAUUGAGCCCAUCACACCCACCAAUAUUACUGCUCAAAGUGAUGACACCCAAAAGGUUUUAGUGCCUGAACCAUGUGCCAAAAGAAAUGCACUAAGGAACUUGUUUGACUAGUUAUAAUAACAUUAUUAAUAAUUAAUUAAGUAACAUGAAAUUUCUUUAGCAUUUUAAUUAUAUGGUUUUGGUUAUAUACUUUAUUUUUUGAUGUUUGCACUUCAUUGAUAGAUUCAAAAAGUUAUACAUAUAUAUAGAUGGAGUGCAUGCAUGAAAAAAUAGAGUAUAAUUAAUUAGCUCUCUUAGAUAUUGGGUUUGAAUUUUCUUCUAUAUAUAUAUAUUCCUUCUUGAUCCAGAUAUUUAGCAAUGGAUACUAGAGAAGGAACACUAGAUACUGCUUUGUACAAGAUGUAUAUAUACCGAGUUUGUAUGCUGUACUUUAUUUUUUUUAAGAAAUAAAAGGAUUUGUAAGCAUUUA